AUGGCUGAAGUUCAGACUACGGCGUACCAGGAGAAUCCGAGUGAGAACAGCUUCCAAGAAAUUAUCGGGAGAAACGACAAGGAAAAUGGGGUUACCACCACUACAGAGUCGAAAACUGAGGAAGCAGAAUAUGAAUUAGGGGCUGGGACUCAAUUGCGAAAGCAAUUUUCGUUGUGGUCGAUCUUGGGUGUUGGAUUUGGGUUGACAAAUUCCUGGUUCGGUAUUUCGACAUCGAUGGUCACGGGUAUCAUGUCCGGAGGACCUAUGAUGAUCGUUUACGGGAUCAUGAUCAUUGCGUCGAUUUCUGUGUGUAUUGGUGUUUCGCUAGGUGAGCUUUCUUCAGCGUAUCCACAUGCCGGUGGCCAGUUUUGGUGGUCUUUGAAAUUAGCGCCUCCAAAAUAUAAGCGUCUCGCAGCGUACAUGUGCGGCUCCUUCGCCUGGGCCGGCUCUGUCUUUACCAGUGCCUCUACAACGCUUUCUGUAGCAACCGAACUUGUCGGAAUGUAUGCUCUGACACACCCGGAUUUCGAAGUUAAAAGGUGGCACGUAUUCGUGUGCUUUGAGAUUCUGCACUUGUUCUUGACCAUUUUCAACUGCUACGGCAAAUCAUUGCCUUUGAUUUCAUCCUCUGCGUUGUACAUUUCUCUAUUUUCUUUCCUUACUAUCACUAUCACGGUCCUUGCAUGCUCUCACGGUAACUACAACGAAGCAAAAUUCGUGUUUGCGACGUUCUACAACGAAACCGGAUGGAAAAACAGUGGACUCGCGUUCAUCGUCGGUCUAAUUAACCCGGCUUGGUCUUUCUCAUGUUUGGACUGCGCGACUCACAUGGCCUUUGAAGUCGAAAGACCAGAGCGCGUUAUCCCAAUCGCAAUCAUGGGCACAGUGGCAAUUGGCUUCACUACCUCAUUGUGCUACGUUAUCGCCAUGUUUUUCUCGCUGCAUAAUUUGGACGCAAUUGUUAAUUCUAACACGGGCGCUCCAAUCUUGGACAUUUUUUACCAAGCUCUGGGCAACAAAGCCGGGGCAGAAAUCUUAGGCUGCCUAAUUCUGUUCACUUCUUUUGGAUGUGUUAUUGCGUGCCAUACCUGGCAGGCUAGACUGUGCUGGUCGUUCGCUAGAGACAAAGGUCUGCCGUACUCUCAUUUAUGGGCCAAAGUCGACCCCAGACUUGGUGUUCCACUGAACGCCCAUUUGUUCUCUUGUUCCUUGAUUGUUUUACUUGGCGUGCUCUACCUAGCAUCCUCCACGGCUUUCAACUCUCUCAUUACGGGCUGCAUUGCCUUUUUACUUCUCUCCUACAUUGUUCCUGUCAUUUGCUUGCUCAUGAAGAAACGUCAAAUCAGGCAUGGACCCUUUUGGCUGGGGAAGUUCGGAUUUUUCUCAAACAUUGUGCUUUUAGGUUGGACCGUUUUCGCUAUUGUAUUUUUUAGUUUCCCCUUCGAAAUGCCUGUUGACCGCAACAACAUGAACUACGCCUCUGUAGUUAUAGUCGGAUAUCCAGUCUUUUCGGUCGCUUACUGGUUCUUGGGUGCCCGUAAGAACUUCCAUGCUGUCGAGGAACAAGAAUACGGAAACGACGUUGGAGCUGACACCAACGAAGAAGAUCAAUUCAAGGCCCACUCUAUAGUCGGCUCCAAAUAA